CACAUAAAGCACGGCAAUACAAAGCACGCACAUCAGCCAAUAUAUAUAUUCAUCUACGAUAACGCCCCUCACUCUUUAUGUAUCUCUCCGCCUCCAAAUGGCAUCUCCGUCACCUCUGCCACCACCUCCACCGGAGCCCGUCAGAUAUUUUCCUCCUGCGGCAGAGGCUGCUCGAGGUGCCUCCUCCUCCGCUGUGUCCCUCAGCCCCAGCCUCUUCAUCAUCUCCGCCAUCAUUGCCUUCGUCUUCGUCGCAUCCGCUUCCAUCCACCUCCUCCUCCGCUUCUUCUCCUCCCGCCGCCUAUCCUCUUCCGUCGCCGCCGCCCCGCAGCUGCCACCGCCCGUCCUCCACCGACGCCGCUCAUACUCCUCCUCCGCAACAGUCGCAGCUGCUGCAGCUCCCCCCGACUCCGGCCUAUCUGACAAAGACAAGGCGGCACUCAUCGAUUCCCUCCCGCUCUUCUCCCUCGCCUCCUCCCUCGCUGUGCUCCCCAAGUCGUCGCCGGAUUGCUCAGUCUGCCUCUGCCCCUUCCGCCCCCAAGACGAGCUCCGCCUUCUCCCCGCAUGCCGCCACGCUUUCCACUCCCAGUGCGUCGACCCGUGGCUCCGGUCCAUCCCUUCCUGCCCUCUCUGCCGAGCCUCCAUCGCUCUUCCCGCCCUGCCCCUCCCGCCGCCGACGGUCUCAGCCCAUGCGGGCCCUUCCAGGUCGGGCAGCUUCCGCGUGGAGAUCGGCAGCGUCAGCCGGCGGAGAUCACCUUCGGAGGUGGGGCCAGCCGUGAACCAUCCGCCCCACCUGCGGACGUACUCCUUGGGGUCGUCGUUCGAGUACGUGGUCGACGAGGAGGUGGAGGCGGUGGUGGCUCGGAUCCGGAGACAGACGGAGAAGGAUGAGAAGCGAACAACGGUGUCAGAGGAAGUCGCUUCGGGGCCGGCGCCGCCGGGGGUGGAGGUGGCGGAGGCGGCUGGGGGAGGAGGGAGGGGAUGGCUGCGUGAGUACGUGGACCGGCUCGCGUCCUCCUCCUUCUCCUCUUUCCGGUUCUCCGGCCGGUGGAGCCAUCGCUACGACAACGGCGGAGGAGGAGGAAUGGGGCGGAUCUCGUGGGAUUUAGAGGGGAGCGAGCGGCGGGAGGCGGAGGAGGGCGGUUACCACGGCUUCUACAGAUGGCUGAUAGGGGCAUAAAAGUCAUUUCAGAGCCCUCCCAUC